GCAAACCGUCGGAGCUUUCGACUUGGCGAGUCGUCGCCACUCCGCUUCCACUUCCACUGGACGUUUGCUCCCUCUUUCUUGUUUUGCUUUCCAGGCGCGCGCCGACGCACCAUGUCGUCCGGGGACCACCCGCGCACCUUUGAAAUGGCCAGAGACGUCAUUCGGUCCGCGCACAACAACGGCUCUGCGGAGGACCUCAUGCUGUUCUACGACCGAUGGGCCCCAAAUUACGAGCAGGAUGUUGACCUUAUCGAGUACCGCGCCCCUCGACUGGUCGCGGCCCAAGUCGCCGCCCACUUUGGCGGCGAGCGCCAAGCGGCGAUGGUGUUGGACGUCGCCUGUGGCACGGGCAUGGCGGCCAAGAUGAUGAAGCGGGAAGGAUUUCAGCGCUUCGUGGGCGUCGACGGCAGCGAGCGGAUGCUGCAGCACGCCCGACAGAGCGGCUUGUACCAAGACCUCCAGAUGGCCGUGCUGGGAGAGCAGCCGAUUCCCGUUCCGUCAGGCGCCUUCGACGUGGUGACCAUUUCCGGCGGCCUGAGCUCCAGUCACGUUCCGGCGAAGGCGAUCCGGGAGCUGCUGCGGGCCGCCAAGCGGGGGGGCCUCGUCUGCAUGAGCACCCGGGCCAACCGCGACAACGUCGCCUACAAGGUGGCCCUGGAGGGCGAGAUGAAGAAAAUGGAGGACGAGGGACUGUGGCGCCGCGUCGAGGUGACCCGCGUGAGCCGGUUUGAGCGAGGGGUGAGCGACCACGAGGGGGGACACGUCCCUGGAUGCGUUUAUCUCUUUCAAAAGCUCUAACGCGCGACGCGGCCGCGCCACGUCCGUGGCUUCCUUCUGC